AGGUUCAACUAUGCUAUCUGGAAGCACAAAGAGAUGCCGUUGAGCAGAUGUCCUUAAAGCUGUACAGCGAGCAGUACGCCAGCAGUAGCAAGCGCAAAGAAGAGUUUGCUGAUAUGUCAAAAGUUCACACAGCAGGAAGUACUGGCCUUCUGGACUUCGAUUCAGAAUAUCAGGAGCUGUGGGAUUGGCUGAUUGACAUGGAAUCCAUAGUGAUGGACAGCCACGACCUGCUGAUGUCAGAGGAGCAGCAGCAGCAUCUUUACAAGCAAUACAGUGUAGAGAUGUCAAUCAGGCAUCCGAAAAAGAUGGAGCUGCUUAGUAAGGUUGAAGCUUUGAAGAAAGGUGGUGUUUUACUACCAAAUGAUCUCCUUGAAAAAGUGGAUUCAAUUAAUGAAAAAUGGGAACUGCUUGCGAAAACCCUAGGAAAGAAGAUCCAGGACACAAUGGUAGGGCACAGUGGGCUAGGGCCACGUGACCUGCUCUCCCCCGAAAGCGGCAGCCUGGUAAGGCAGCUGGAGGUCAGGAUCAAAGAACUGAAAGGAUGGCUGAGAGAUACAGAGCUUUUCAUCUUCAAUUCCUGCCUGAGACAAGAAAAAGAAGGAACAAUGAAUGCUGAGAAACAACUCCAAUACUUUAAGUCUCUCUGUGGUGAGAUCAAACAGAGGCGCCGGGGGGUGGCCUCCGUCCUGCGACUGUGCCAGCACCUUCUGGAUGACCAAGAGACCUGCAACCUGAGCGCAGACCACCAGUCAAUGCAGCUGAUCAUCGUCAACCUGGAGAGGCGGUGGGAAGCCAUAGUCAUGCAGGCCGUCCAGUGGCAAACGCGACUUCAGCGGAAGUUGGGAAAUGGGCCGGAGAUUUUGAAUGUGAUUGAGCAGGGUUUGGUGGACCUUAAUGGAGCCAAUGAAGAUGCCCUGGAAUGGGAUGAAACGGACAUCGGCAAUAAACUAAUUAGCAUCCAUGAAGACGCAAAUGGACUUGAUCAAGAACAGAAUCCUGCCAUGCCAAAUAUGAAACCUGAAUCAGAAGACCCGGACAGAGAGGAACGGAGUUAUGAGGGAUACGCUGAAGAGCCGGGGAGAGCUCGGUAUAGCCCCAGCAUUCCUGGCCCCACUAGCCCACAGAUCUACCAAGUUUACAGCCUCCACAAUAUCGAAUUGUACGAUGAGAACCACAUGACUUUUCGCCAAACCAGUCCCAAGUUCCCUGGCUUAACCCAUCCUAUGGCGUUAACUAAAAGUCUCAGCAACGACUCUUCCUUCUCAUCGACCAAAUCUCUCCCAGACCUCCUAGGAGGGAUUCCUCUGGUCAAACCAGGCCUGAGCCGAGGAGGAGACAUCAGCCUACAUUCGGGCAGCGAGAGUGGGAUAGUGAGCGAAGGCGACCCUGAAACCACCACCAAUUCUGAAGUGUGCUUGGUGAAAGAUAGGGAUGGAACCCAGAGCAACCCAGAGACCGGGCACCCAGCCCCACAGAUGAAAGAGGUAGUCAACGCUCUAAGACAAAAGCUCAAAGAUGAGGAGGGGCACAUUCCCCUCUCCAAGAACUACCAGUCUCCCCCAUCGCCUGUGAGUUGCAUAAAUGGAAAAGAUGGAGAUUUAAACAGCGUUACCAAGUCUUCCUCUGUUUGUUUGGAAGAUGAGUUGAGAGGAAAACCUGAUGUGUUGACAUUUCAUGAUUACUCCUAUCUCCAAGGCCCUAAACUCAAGUUCCCUGUGAUCGCGAAGCAGUCACAGAGUGAAAGAGUCCAUGCAGAGGAAACUCUACUCCAUGGUUUGCAUUGUGACAAGACACCAUGUAAAUCUAAACAAGUCAUAGAGCCACAACCAGACAAAUCUCCCCAUGAACUGACGCUGGCAAGUGCGGCCCCAGAAACAGAUCCUGGUUCCUCUAAAUCCGAGGACGGAGGAAAAGCCUCUGCUGGCAUGCAGACUGGCAAGCAGCCAUCCUUCCUGUCCUGCAGCUCUUCCUUGGAGUCCCUUUCUCCAGGAGGAAACAUGUUUGGUUUGGGAAUCUUUAAGAAUGGUGAAUGCCUUCAGCGGAGCAUUUCUCUGGAGAGCUGGUUAACAUCAUAUAAGAGCAAUGAAGAUCUCUUCAGCCCCCAUAGCUCUGGAGAUGUAAGUGUUAGCAGUGGAUCAGUGGGAGAGUUGAGCAAGAGGACUCUGGAUUUGCUGAAUCGCUUGGAGAACAUUCAGAGCCCUUCAGAGCAGAAGAUAAAGCGCAGCAUCUCUGAUAUCACCCUCCAGAGCAGUUCCCAAAAGAUGUCCUUCACCGGCCACUCUCUGGACAUCGCAUCCUCUGUCAAUGGAGACUCAGCGGCUUCCCUCACAGAGCUCAGCAGCAGCGACGAGCUAUCUCUCUGUGCAGAGGACAUCGUGCUACACCGGAACAAGCUCCCCGAUUCGAAUGCGUCAUUUAGGAAGCGCCUGACUCGCUCUGUAGCGGAUGAGAGUGAUGUCAACGUCAGCAUGAUCGUCAAUGUUUCCUGCACCUCUGCAUGUACAGAUGAUGAAGAUGACAGUGACCUACUCUCCAGCUCCACCCUCACCUUAACUGAAGAAGAGUUGGGCCUCAAAGAUGAAGAUGACUCCAGCAUUGCGACAGAUGAUGAUCUGUAUGAAGAGUGCAAUAUAAUUUCUGGGUUGGACUACAUAAAGAAUGAACUGCAGACCUGGAUGCGUCCAAAGUUUUCACUGACAAGGGAAAAGAGAAAGUGCAAUCACAGUGAUGAGAUUCAAAGCGGUAGAGAUAUAAAUGGAGGGGAAACACUCAAUCCCACGGAUAUGUUGAACAUUGAAGCCCUCCUGAAUGGCUCCGUGGAGCUCUCGGAAAACAAUGGGAAUGAUGGUAAGAAUGUGUCAAACACCCAGGAGUUAGGGACAAAAGAUCAAAAUAAAAAGAACAGUUCCAAAGUUGAGAAAGAUCCACUGGUGGAUGACAUGGAGAAUGGAAAUGUCGAAAGUGUCCCAGCUGGGAAGAAAGAAGAAGUUGGUAGAAUGUCAACGAUGGCAGAGAAUUGUGAUCCUGUUGGAAAGAAGGCUCCAGAAAGUGAGUGGUGCGUAUGUGAAGCAUUUACAGACAGCUCAGAUGAUUCAAAUAUGGAUGGAAAGGAAAUUGUUUCAUCACCUAAAGCUUCCAGAAGCCCUCCUAAGCAACUUCUUAAUCACUUGAGCCCUGACGAUCCUAACGUGGCUUUUUCGCUCACUGGAAACCCUGGCCCAGAAUCCACCCCAGAAAACAGAGUUAUGGAGGUUCCAGAUUCCACUUUCCUGGCAUCUUCACCUGUGAGUGAACAGAGCAUUGCUGAGAAAACAAAUUGCUUUCUGGCCCUCAAACCAAAUGAAGCAGAUAAAAGUCCUGCUGAGGAAGGCCUCACUUCCUGUUGUAACUGUAUGCCUGGCGUCAUGGAUGAAAAAGGGGCAAAAGAUUGUUCCGUUCACAGCUUUGUGAAGGAGAUCAUUGACCUUGCCUCAACAGCUCUGAAGAACAAGACCCAGCCAGAGAACGAGGCAGCCUCUCCCACAUCAUUAGCCCAGAUCAAGGAGAAGGUACUGGAACAUUCUCACAGACCCAUCCAUCUAAGGAAAGGGGACUUUUAUUCCUACCUCUCCCUGUCCUCUCACGACAGUGAUUGCGGUGAGGUCACCAACUACGUUGAAGAGAAAAGUAAUACUCCACUGCCUCUGGACUUUAGUGAAUCUGGCUUAGAGGACAAAGAAGAUGUUGAGUGCUUCUUUGAGGCUUGUACUGAAGAUGAUAUAAAUGAAAAAGAAUCCCCUUUCACCCAGAUCCCUUCCAAUGAGACUCCAGGGCCUGGGAAAGAGCCCAUUUCGCCAGAGAUAUUGACAAGUUCUUCCAAUCGUGUGGACCUUUCUUCCUCCAGUGACCACACAGGCAAGGCAGGGUCCAAGCCAGUCCCUCAGAAAGUCCCCACCCUCCCAACAGAGCUGGGUGGUGAACCCCAGAUUUCAGACCAUUGUGAGGAGAGUUCAAACCCAUCUUCUUCCAAACCGAGCAGUGGAAAAGGUAGAUCAGGAAAUCUGGAUGGGAUAGACAUGCCAAGAGGAAUGGGUGUGGCUUUGGCCAAAACUUCCAGCCCAGACCUCCCAGUGAAGCCAGAAGAGCUAAUGGACCAGGCAGAAUUGCAUCCUAACGCCAAAACUUUAACCUGUGAGGAAAACCUACUGAAUCUUCACCAAGAGCGGCACAUAAAUAUGCACAGGUAGAAUGCAACCAUCCCAGGCACGGAGAUCAUCUCAUUAAAAGGACCCCGGCUCCAGCUCAGGUCCCGGUCCAUUGUCCCCACCCCAAGACGACCUCUUCACCCAUCGUGUCACUGCCUCUCGGUCCCCAGACUCCCACAAUAAAUAUUCCUUCCCGACGCGGUUUGUCCAUGUGGGCUUUGUGAGCUGGCUGUGUGCGCUGGUCCCGCUAGGUGCUCAUUUUUGACGUGUAGCAAAGCCGUUUGGUUCUACAUGGAUUCCUGUCCCAAGCUACCUCGACAGACUUCCCUUCCUCAGUCGGACCUUUCCGUUGACCUCUUCCUCCUGAUCCGUGCAUCCUUGUUCUGCCGUUCUCUGAGAGGGGCAGACCAGAGUCCCCUUUCCAGAAGGAUCCCUGCCAGUCCUUUACUAGUUCAUGUUUCAGGUUUAAUAUUGUUCUCUGCAGAAUGAAACAGUUUUUCCUUAAAAGCAAACAUUUGAGUUGAUUGCAGCAAAGAGAAGAGUCAUUAGUCCUCCUGGUUCAAUCCAUUUUCCAAUUAAGCAAUUAAAAUAAACAGCAUUAUAUUUAUUUUGUUUGAAAAAAAUCUAUGCAGCACUUCAAGAAACAACUACACAGUGUUGUAUAUUAUAAACUGGUGAUGUCCUACUCUUGAAUUAUUUACACCAUUUUGGUUUUUUAUGCUUCUUGAGGUGGUAAUGAGAAAAAAGUUUUUUAAAAAAAGUGUGCCUUGCUGUAUUUCUUAUGCCAUUUAUUAAAAAGCUGCUUUCACAGUAAAAUUAUGUUGGUUUGAAAGGAGGAAAUAGCAAGGUUAAGAUGUGUGAAUAAUGUCUGUAUAUAUGUAUAACCAAGUGCAAACAUUGAUGUAUAAUGACAGUAUAAAAUGCUUUCAUGUUUGUGAUGUCCAGUGGUGUGGAAAAUAUGGGCCUUAAAUCCAUUAGAUUGCAUGGUAAUUAGAAUUGGCAUAAUAAACAUAGUUUAUUGGGGGGAAAAACAGAAUCGGUGAUCUGUUCUACCUUGUUUUUUAAAAAUCAUCCUGCACCAAGUUCUGAAAGUAAUUUCAAUAUUCAGUUUCUGAAAUUCCCCUAUAAGGAAAGAGGUUUGAGUUACCUUGCAUUAUUCAGGCAGUGGCUAUAGAGCUUCUAUGUUAUUUGUGUAGAUACCAAUAUUCAGCAACAUUGAACUAGUGAAUGACCAACAAUUUCCCCUGAACUAAUAAAUAUUUAUCCUGGACCUUUA